AUGGCAUCUAGAAGACAACAUAAUAACGAGAACCUCAUCCACCCCGUCCGGAGGGCAGGCGGUGUCGUUCAUACCUUGUCAUCGGCAAAUAAGAUCAAAUCAACUUCAUCCCACACUAAGGAGAACAUCCUGACUUCCAAGUCGACUUCAACCUCUAAGAAUGUAUCGGACAAAACUUUAAGGGAGAGCAAGAAACGCCUAGGAGCCGGCAAACUCACAGAGCCAGUCGAUGAUAAGCAGACACUUCAAUCAAGUAGAAAAGUAUUAGACCUUAAAGGAUCCUCCGUCAAACCUUUCAGAUCUGCUCUGUCCUUGAAAUCUACAGGGUCGCAGUCAUCUCAACUUAGCUUAAAGCCUAGAAUAGCUGCAACACCUUCCUCAAGACCUAAACAUUCUUCUAUUUCAGCUCAAACUCAGACUCCCUCUCAAGUUAGAAGUGGUAAGCUCGAAAGCACAUUGAAUGUCUACACGCCUGGGCCAUCAACCUCAAACAUCUCCAAGCCAAAAUCGAAGUCAAGAGAAAAAAUCGAUGAGGGACAGAGAGAUGAUAUCGAUGAAGUUGAAUACAUGCCCCCGGAUACCAAAGAGGGGGAAUAUCAAUCGCAUCAUGCGAUUAUAGAUCCCCAAGAUGAUGGGCUCUUACCACCUCUUCAAUCGACUUCAAGUGUCAACAUGGAUUUAGAUCUGGAUCUUGAUCUUGAUCUAGAUAAUCGGAUGAAUGAUUUACAUCCAAUCGAGAUACCAGGGAACACCGACCUAUCUUUCGAGCUUGAUUUACCUCCCAAUCAAGACGUCCUUCGAGUUGACACCAAUGAACAAGCUCGUCCACAAGAUGAUUUUUUACUUGAUCUCUGA